CCCAUGCAAUAUUCCAGGAAGAGACAACUUAAUUAUCUCGAUCGAUAUCAAAAUUCCCAAGUUAUGGCAAUGAAAUAUUCAAGAUCUUUGCUCUUUGGUGUGCUGCUACUCAUUGGCUUUGCAUUGACAAAUAACAAAGCUGCUAAUACGGAUACACCUGUUCAUUGCGAAUUUCUCAAUCGCAACAGUUUUGAACCAGGGUUUAUAUUUGGCACAGGUUCUGCAUCUUAUCAGUAUGAAGGUGCAGUAAAAGAAGAUGGAAGAGGACCAAGCAUAUGGGAUACCUACACCUACAAACAUCCAGAAAAAAUCGCUGAUGGCAGUAACGGAGACGUUGCUAUUGAUCAAUAUCACCGCUAUAAGGAAGAUGUGGGGAAUAUGAAGGAUAUAGAGUUGGAUGCUUACCGAUUCUCUAUUUCAUGGUCCAGAUUAUUACCAAAUGGAACGUUAAGUAGUGGGGUCACUCGUACAAAAAAGACUUUGUGCGACGUAGGACUGUCGUCGCGCAAAGUCAAAAAUCCGUCGCCCAAAAAUUAG